AUGGGCGGGGGUCGUAGCACAGGCUACGACUGGGACGCUGGUCCCUGGCUCGUGGAGUCCCGUCAUCGAUUGCAAGCAUGGAUCAACGUCGUGGUUUGGUUAGAUAUAUCAGAAACAGCCCCUGUGCCGCUGACAAUGUGGCAGCCUGAGGACUUUCUCCUCCAUCGUGAGCACCCAGCUUACCUGGGCCGGGUGGAGCGGAUCGACACACUCAGUGGCUCGCAACUGGCCUCGUUACGGAGGUUUUACAACCUGUACAGGCCGGCAGCUGCUGAAUGGCCAGCCAACUGUGUGAUUGAGGCGACAGCCAAGUUCCUCCACUGGGCCUGGGCUGGCCCGCUGGCGCUGGAAGCUGGAAAAUGGUUUCUCUCUCGUCCUGCCUCUGAGGAUCCAACCAUGUGGUUUGGGAGGCGGCCGUUUGCCACAAGCCUGCUGCUGGCAGAGCCUAGCGCGGAGGCGUCUGCGAUUGACCAGCGAAGAAGGGAAAAGGAAACUCACUAAUCCAUGAUUGAUUUCUUUUCAGAACUAGCCAGAGACACAAUG